AACCAAACACACCACAACAACAAAGAACAAGAAGAAAAAGAAACCAAAAACACCACAACAACAAAGAAGAAGAAGAAGAAGAAGAAGAAGAAGAAGAAGAGAGCUAUGUUUUUGUGUAUCCAUGGCCAAGAUCAUUCACCAAACCACUAGAAAGAUGUCACAACUCUGCCGGAAAAUCGUUCAGGUCGACGUCCGGUGGGGGGUGUUCCAUAAGGUGUCCUUCGUAGGCCAGUUUUUUCGCUUCAUAUGGGAUAGAAUUCUUGUUUGCUCUGUAGGGAAGCAAGCUCAGUACCGAAGAUUACCCCUUCGGGAUUCUUCCUCUUCUUCGCCGGCGGCCACUGUUGACGACGCCGCAAUCACCAAUAGCAGCGGGUAUGACACGGAUUCGGAUUUGGUUAACCUCAAGAUCAGUUUGUUGGGUGAUUGCCAUAUUGGAAAAACUACUUUUGUGAUCAAGUAUGUUGGGAAUGAGCAAGAAAAGAGAAGCUUGCAAAUGGAAGGACUAAAUCUAAUGGACAAAACAUUGUCUGUUGAAGGAGCUCGUAUUUCGUUUAGUAUAUGGGAUGUUGCAGGUGACAAAAGAUCCCUGGAUCAAAUUCCCAUGGCUUGUAAAGAUGCAGUUGCAAUUUUGAUUAUGUUUGAUCUCACCAGCCGUUGUACACUGAAUAGUGUUGUUGGAUGGUAUGGUGAAGCAAGAAAGUGGAAUCAGACUGCGAUUCCCAUUCUAAUAGGAACCAAGUUUGAUGAUUUCGUUAGGCUUCCCCCAGAUUUACAAUGGACAAUUGUAACACAGGCAAGGGCUUAUGCAAGGGCGAUGAAGGCAACCCUUUUCUUUUCAAGUUCAACCCACAAUAUAAAUGUCAACAAAAUUUUCAAGUUUAUCAUGGCCAAGCUCUUUAACUUGCCAUGGACGGUAGAACGAAAUUUGACAGUUGGGGAGCCCAUAAUUGACUUCUAAAAUGUUCUUUACCCUGAUUCAUAUAUAUGUACAUAGCAGGACAAGGGAGGAGAAAAAAAAAAAGAAAAAAAACAAGACAAGCUUUUCAUUUUGACACUCUAUCACCACUCAUCACAGAGGUACCUAAUUUACAUGUUUUCUAUAGGCAUUUUGACCAUAAAUCUUUAGAGGGUGAGAACCUGAGAUGGUGUGAUUCAGUUAUUCUGUCGCUGGUACUCCUAGUUCCUCAUGCUGUGGCCGAGGCCAAAGAUCAUAGCUACUGAUUUUUUCACUUGUGCUGUGAAAGAAAUGUGUUAGCUUCAAAUAGAGGAAUGCAAAGAUCAAGAUGUCAAUAAUCUUUGGUCCUUUCAUAAAUCCAGUUUAUUAUUUUUGUCUGUUGUUUUUCUCUAAUUGGAAAAGGAUUUGUAUAUACGAAAUGUCAAAAUACAGA